AUGGCUUCAUCUCCGCUUCAUCGUCCCUUUGGGGCUUCAUCGCCAUUGAACGAAGGUGGCUGGCGACGCUCACAGUUUACGUAUCGCCAGUUCUCGCAGCUUGCUUCGUCCAAUACUUCGAACCCGCUACGCGUUAUCGCCCACAUCGAUCUUGAUGCUUUCUACGCUCAAUGUGAAAUAGUCCGACUUGGGAUUCCCGAAGACAGGCCGUUGGCCGUUCAGCAAUGGCAAGGGCUCAUCGCGGUCAACUACGCUGCUCGCGAAUAUGGCAUUGGACGCCAUUGCAAUGUCGAAGAAGCAAAGAAGCUAUGCCCCGAGCUUAUUGCCCAGCAUGUGGCCACAUGGAGAGAAGGCGACGACAAAUGGGCAUACCGCGACGACGCCGCAGCCAACAUCGUGACAGACAAGGUUUCCCUUGACCCCUACCGACUUCAGUCUAGGAAGAUCUUGGCCUGCAUCAAAGAUGCUUUGCCGGCUGACGUACAGAAGGUGGAAAAGGCAAGCAUAGAUGAGGUUUUCCUUGACCUUUCAAGUCAGGUUCGCUCGAUCCUCCUCGAGCGCUUUCCAGAACUCUCAAAUCCACCCCCCUAUGACGAUCCUACCGAGAAACUCCCGCUACCAUCUAUUGCUGCGCUCGACUGGCAAACAGACGCCUUGAUCGAUUUGAACGAGGAACAAGAAGCGAUAGAUCCGGACUGGGACGACGUGGCCAUCCUCAUCGGCUCUGAAAUUGUCCGCAAAGUGAGGUCCGAGGUGCGACAAAAAUUGGGUUAUACAUGUUCAGCAGGUGUGGCCAGCAACAAGCUACUCAGCAAGUUAGGCUCGGCUUACAAGAAACCUAACAAGCAGACUGUUGUGCGCAAUCGGGCAGUGUCAGCUUUUAUGGCCGGUUUCAAAGUCAUGAAGCUUCGAAAUAUGGGCGGAAAGCUUGGAGAGCAGAUUGUGUCAACCUUCAAUACUGAGAAUGUUACUGAGCUGCUGGAAGUGCCUUUAUCAAGCAUGAAGGCGAAACUUGGCCACGACACAGGGUUCUGGGUCUUUAACACCAUCAGAGGUAUCGACACCAGCGAGGUAAACCCAAGAACUCAGAUCAAAUCGAUGCUCUCGGCCAAGUCCUUUCGCCCUACCAUAAAUUCUUCGGAGCAAGCAACGCGAUGGCUGCGAAUAUUCGCAGCUGAUAUAUUUGCUCGACUAGUAGAGGAGGGCGUCUUAGAAAACAAGAGACGACCAAAGACCAUGAAUUUGCAUCAUCGCCACGAGGGUCAAGUACGAUCGCGGCAAGUCCCCAUCCAUCAAGGCAGGGCCCUGGAUGAAGAGUGUCUAUUCGAACUAGCUAAGGAUCUCCUCUCGCAGAUAAUUGCUGAAGGCAGAGGCGUAUGGCCAUGUGCAAAUCUAAGUCUUAGUGUAGGAGGAUUUGAAGACGGUGUCAAAGGCAACAUGGGCAUCGGCGCGUUUCUUGUCAAAGGGGAGGAGGCAGAAGCGCUUCGUUUGUCCAAUUCAGAGAGUCGCCCUUCCUCUGCUGGCCCUGAGCCCCUCGCGAAGAAGCGCCGAGUCGAGGACAGUGGCAUUCAAAGAUUCUUUGCCAAGAGGUCCUCAACGGACCACGAUGGGAGUUCCUCGAACAAGUCACCUACCCCAAAUGAGAAAACUACUACCGUGCGGACGCUAUCAGAGGACGCAGAAAAGAGCCUCAGUUAUGUUACUAAUUAUGGACAUGAGGCCCGCCAUGGAUCCAAUAUCAGCUCACAUCAGUUUACCGUAUCAUCGCGGCAUGCGACCGCUCCCAGUACUGAUACAGACCAUGGCGAACAAUCAUCGAUCGAUCCUCUCAAAUGCUCUCGCUGCAAGGCCAAUUUUGCUGACCCAGAAGCGCUGCAGAGCCACGAGGACUGGCACAUGGCCAAAGAUCUUCAGGACGAGGAACGUGUCAACCCUACAUUCGCUGAACGGCAAUCUACGACACGAAACACUGCACCGAAGACACAGGGGACUGCAUCGAGACGUGGUCGAGGAGGUAAACUCGAGCAAGGUCAAAGUCGGCUCAAGUUUGGCUGA